AUGGCCACUUCGGGGCAUCGUUGUUUGCCUUCUGGCCGCGAUCGUCCAGCCGAGCACAUCCUUCAGCCGCCCAAGCUUUUCUCUGAAAGCCAAACUCCAAGGCAGUGGAAAGGGUCCAAUAGUCCAGGAGGUGAGUCAGAUUCGCUGCAGCCCGGGAAUUGGGCGACGGCACUCGUGGACCCGCAGUGGGUAGAGUGGAAAGCUUCUCACCCCAGGCUCUGCUCCAUAUUCAAACGGAUGUGCUCUGACGGAGGUUUCCCUUCAGUUCGAGUCGCCAUGAUGGCAGCGCAAGACAUGCGUGAGCAGAUGCUUGGCAUUGGCUCCUGCUGGUUCGUGCCACUGGUCCUUCUCUGCACAGCUUUCGGAGUCUGGCGGCCUGGUUCGCCAGCAGCAAGCAACUCAGCCAUCAGCCUCGACAAACUGACUGCCUGGUGGCAUCGCGGCCCACGACUCUCAGUGAUUGCCUUGAAAGUCUAUGUCUGCAUGUUGCUCCUGAUUGAGCUGCUUGGUGCGUCAUCACCGCUGGUCUCAGUGCUCUCCGUGCCAGAAAUUCUGCGAAGAGUGCGAAGACACCCAUAUGGGCCCGGAGACGAGCCGGGGCUGUUCGUGGGCAAAAGCCUUGAAGACUCGCCGCAUCUAAUGCCACGGCUCACGUACCUGUUCAUGCCAGAUUUGGACGACAACACUGCUGACGGCUAUGCCUCGUUUCACACUGGCCUACGAGCCACACUGCUGGGUGCCUGGUGCAUCUUCCUUGUCACACCAGGCACCUGGAAAAGGACCUCCACCGUGUGCUUUACUUGGGGAGCAGCCAUGUACUUCUAUUUCGGUAGCCUGGGCGUUAUGUUCGCGCCCACCGAGAGCGUGUGCUCCUCGUACUUCUUUGUGCUGGGAGCUGUCUUGGUCGUGCCACAUGCUGACAGUGCUCAUGCGCAGGCAUGGUUGUGGAAGUAUCUGGUCCUGUGCAUACUGGCGCCAUAUUAUUUGUCGGGAGGCUUCGGGAAGCUUCGAUACGCUGGUUGGACAUCAGCUCUCACGGGAACCUGGAUUCAGCAAGACUUGUUAGAUUUCCCUUCCUUGUUUCCCGGCUUCAAUGCUUGGGCAGCCCACACCCCAUUGAUGACGUUCCUGUUCUCGUUCGGGUGUAUGCUGACCGAGUUCGUGGGUCCUCUGCUCGUCCUUGCCGUUGAUGCCGGAGAGCCAUGUUCCAAACUGGCGCUUUGGUCCGUGACAGCAUGGAGUUGCUUGGUCCUGUGCUUUCUCCUCGGAGCCUGGCUUUUCCUUUCACCCAACUUCAUUCGCCAGGUGCCUUUGACGAUCAUGAUUCUCUAUGGCCUCUGGGUUUCGGACAGAUCCGAGGGCCACCGUAGCGAAUCUCAAGGCAUCUCCACAUCAAUGUGCUACUGCAGAGUUGUCUUGGCGAUGGUGCUGUUCAGCGGGUGGUUUGCAGUGCAAGUGUGGUCAGAUCUGGCACAUCUCACCGGCGUAACCCCACAGCUAUCAAAGCAUGAUCCAGCGUGGCCAAUCGGUGAGUUCGGCAUGUUCGUCUAUCCUUCGGAGACAUCGAAUUAUGCGCGGUCGCUGUCUCUCGAGACUCUGGUGUAUGUUGGCCUUUGUGUGAAGAAGUCGCUAGACAUCUGGCCCGUGGCUAAGAGCGGCACAUGA